UCGGCGCGAGAGAGUCAUCGCUGUGAUGCAUGUUAUACGUCGCGGUCCAUGUUUGAUAGCAGUGUUAUAGUGUGUGACUGUGAGCAAAAAAGUAUUCGAAAACUUAUUGUUCACGUCAAACGCGCGUCAAGUUAACUCGUGAAAAGGAGCAAUACUAUGGUUGUGUACGAUUGAGCUUGGAGGAUAUCAACUUUGACACGUAAAUAUGGGCUGCUGCUACAGUUUCUGCAAGGAUGACGGCAGUCAGCAGGGUGGUGAAGCCAAUGAACGCACACAUCUACUUGCUGACCCAGUCAGCAGUAAUACCAGCAUACCAAGAGUUCAUAGUGAUGACUACGUAAAUCAGUAUCAGAAUUCAGCUCCUAAAAGGACUGAUGAACAAAGUGCUUUAAAUAGAAUUCUUCAUGAAACUGCAGCGAAUAUUAUUGAUGUUGGAGCGUUAGAUUCUCAUAAUUUAGAACAGCAUGAGUAUAUCGAAAGAUCGAGAACAUAUAUAAAAAGGAUAGAAACUAGUGGCAUAAGAGUACCAGACUUAUCGUUUUGUUUACUCAAAGAUAUACCAGCUCCAGAAAAAGUUCUUGCAUCUGCAACUUUAAAUCCAGUAGAUAAAGAUCUUAUCAUGAACUUCUUACACAACUCAGUGUUAGCCUUAGAAAACGUCCAAGUUGAACACAAAGAAGAUUUAGUUGUUCCAUUUUUAUCGUGAUCUUUAUAUUCUCCAUGCAAAAGCACUGGUAAAUUAGUGCGCACUUCAUCCACUCAAGUUCUGAAACAUCAAGAUGAAUUAAUGGGAAUAUGGGUAAAAUCAUACUUUACAGAUUAAGUGAGUGCAUAAAAAAAAAAUCAUUGAGAAAUUAAAAAUUGUUCAGUGCUUUUUCUAUUUAUUUAUGAACUAAGUUUUGUGAGGUUUUUCAUUGUUCACAACAAAACUAUUUUUUUACUGUAAGCUAGAUUCUUAUCUAUUCAUAAUAUCAUUAUUGAUAUUUAUUCUUUUAUUUUUGAUGAAUAUUGAGCAUAUAGUUUAUUUAAUUAACACUAUAUUUGUCCAAUCACUGUUUGUAUAAAUGCAAUGAAUUUUUAAGACGAUUUGUAUAAAAAUAGAAAGAUCAGUUGUUAUUUAGUUCAUCAAUUAAGUCAUCUCCAAAUUAACUCUUAGAUAUUAAUUGUUCUUAUCUGUAAGAUUGUAACUACUUUAAGUAUUGUCUAUUUUACCAUAAUAUUUUAUCUCUUUAUAAUUAGACCAAAGCUGUGUAAAAAUAAUUUUUUCCAAACAAUUAUAAAUCUUUAUCAAUUUACUUGAAUUGGUAUGCACUGUUUACAAUAGAAAUAUGUAAUGUUUGUUUUAAAAACAAAUAUUCUAAUAGAUCACUCGUCUUGUGAAGACUCAUUUCUUAGAUUAUUUUAUAAAUGCUUUAAAAUUCUAUUGAAAAAGUCAUGUCCUUUCUAGGCAGAGCUAAAAUAAAUUAACAAAUAUUUUCGUAAGUGUUAAGUGUUAUGUUACUAGAAGUAUGAAACUUUCAUAUGAAAAUGUAAAUUAAUAAUAAUUGUACACCUAUAAAUAAUUUGUAAAAUAUACUGAUACAAAACUCA